GACUCUGAACGGAAGUUUCAGCGGGUGCACACUCCAGCAACGCUUGUUCGGUCGUUUUUUUGGGACAAAAUGUUGAUAUGGCCGUGUGCUUUUACUAGUUACAUUACUUGCACUAGCCGCUUGGUAAUAGUUUAGGUAUACUCUUUCUGAUCAGCUUAAACAGCAGAGGUGAGUUGACGCCUCAAAAUUCACAUUAAUUUAGCUAGCUUGGUUACAUUCGUUGAAAGAAAUAUAUAGAGCAGUGGUUUGACUAUAGCUAACCACCUUAGCAUUCGCUUUAUAAGUGUAGUAUAGUCACAUAAAUUGCGUUCAACAUGGACAACCAAGAACAGUGCGCUCCCUCUGAAGGAUGCGUUGACCGGUCUACGCUGGUGUCGGGGGUUGGAAAGAAUAUCAAGUCAGUUUUGUGCCAACGUUGUGGAUCGAAGGUCCUCUGCCCAGGGAUGGCGGUGUUUACGGAGAAGGAGCUGUUCCUGCCCUCAAUGCGCAAGAAGACCACUAUCACCCAAUCAGAGGGAUCCGUGGAUGGGGACACACUGACUACCCACUGGUUAGUCGACGACAUGUACACUUUUGAGAAUGUGGGCUUCACAAAGGAUGUGGGGAGGAUCAAGUACCUCAUUUGUGCAGACUGUGAGAUUGGACCCAUAGGCUGGCACUGCCUGGAUGACAAAAAGAGCUUCUAUGUUGCAUUGGAAAGAGUCAAUCAUGCCUAGUGUGGCCCAUUGUAAGAACCUGGGGGAAACUAAAGAGGGUGUACACAUUUGGAACUGAAGGACAAGACGGACCAACACGAACGUCAGCCGUGUGCAGUAGAUGACUUGUUGGGUGUCGACGGACAGUGCCUAUUCAACAUUUAGAGAAGUCCUUAGAAAAUGGUGGCAAAUGUUCUGUGGUCAGAGGCAAUAGGACGGUCACCCACUGCGCAUGGGCAACAUGCAUUGGUCUCUCUUGUCCUUUAAUUCUUUCCGGCCUUCACUUUCCCUCUGGCCGCUUGCUGGAUGACUCCUUAGUUCUUCAAAGCCAAGUGUUCUUCAAUUCCUUUGUUUAUUACUGAUCAACAAUGGUAUUGAUGUGGUUCUCUGAACAAAUGUCUUAUCAGUCUAUAAAACUGUUAUUCAAUAUAAUACUGUAACUAACCCAUAUUCAGGUGUUAUGCUUUGGUCUGAGGUUAACCCUACAGCCUUUGGAAUUGUAUAGGCCUACUUGAUAUUACUUUCUACUUCUGAAAUAUUAUCAGACUAUCUCUGAUUCUACAAAUGUGGCCCAUUUGUACUUCUACUGUUUGAAUGAUUAGUGUGCUUAUCAGCAUAGCACACCCUUCACAUUCUGAAUAAUGGGAGUGGUUGUAUUUGUUGAGUGUGCUGUAUGCAUUUGUUGCUGAUACACUUCAAGUGACAGUGUUCUGUCUGUUGAUAUACCACAUUGGCUUUGACUGCUGCUCUACCGCUAUGUUGGCCCUCAGCUAUUGCCAUCGAACUCCAGAGGACCCCAUUAGGUCUCCACAGUCCAUGCUCAUCAUGGACUCAUCAUUUUGAUUAUCUUUCAAACGGUUAUUAACUCUGUAAAAUAAAAUGUAUCCCUGUGA